ACAUACGCAUGUAUAUGCGAAAGAGCUCCAAAUGCUAAGCCUAAAUCCAGAACUAGUGGGCCAAGCAAUUAUUAUUUUUCUGAAACGGGUCCAUCAUGACGAAUAGCCAGGCCUUAAAACUAGUUAGGAACUAAGCCCAAAAGAAGUGUAGGCCUAGCAAGGUAAGGCCAAGAAAAACAGACAUGACCCAAAUGAAAACAAUGGACUCUGCAAAAAAAAAUCUGUUUUCGUCGUCGGUGGUGUUUCUGACUUCCUGCUACUCUCCAGCCACCACUGCUCCCUCUGUGACACUGAGGAGGAGGAGAGGGAUUAUGAAGAUGAGGUUGAAAACCAAUUGUUAGCAGGAUGAUGAUUAAUGAAGAAUUGCAUGCAAGUUGGGACCAGCCAACCAGGUGUAUUGUCUUCUACAAUGUUGAGCACACAAGACUACAGGGUGUUGACAUUCCAAUUGACUAAGAAGCUGUUAGUUCUUGUUGAAAGUAAUGAGAGGGCAGUAGAGGCAAAUAUUGGUGGUGGUGGUGAAUUGGAUCUGCCCAUCAUUCAGUAAGAAAACCAGGAUUAUGCAGAUGGGAUAACUUCUACUAGUGGUAGGUGGCAAGACAUGUCUUUCGCUCACUGGAGACAAGGUAGUGGCGGGCGUACACGAUAUGGUGCUGGUGGUGGAAGAACAUUGGCUUUUGGUCAAGCUACUAGAGGAAGCUAUUGGUCCGAUCAGUUGUGAGGAGCAGGUGGAUAUUCUGGGAGGAUUGCUCCAUCGGUUAAAGGUUCCCAGAUGGAUGCGCCAAGCUGCAUGGACAAUCUUAACCAUGGGGUGCAUACUUUAAUAAUCAUAGUAGCAAACGAUUGGAGGAAGGGACUAAUUUUUAGGGAAUUCUGGUUUUGUUUCUAAAAUUGUAGUGGACCAGAUCAUAUGUUUUGUCUUGAAAUGUUUCUAAUCUAUUUGUUGAUCUCCAAAAUUUUGGAAUGUAGUUCUUUUAGAA